AUGAAAUUCCUUUUCUAUUCCAUAUGUUUCCUCCUGCUGAGUAUGUAAAUCAAGGCAAAUGAGGAAAAUAACACUAAGUGUAAAGAAUAUUUUACAAGCUUUUUCGAGGCAAUAGCUAAUGGUGAAAUUCCAAAGAACAUAUCAGCAUAAUCUAUACUUAGUUCUGGAAAAGGACUUUAAGAUUUAGGUUCCUAUCUAGUUUGUAGAGACUCUGUCGACUUGCAUUACAUUCACUUGAGAAUGAUCAGCGGAGGAAGACCAUUGCAUAUGGGAUUUUGUUUACCUUAGUUUUGCGAAAUGAAUUAUCUGUAGACGUUCAAUGAAACUACAAAAUCGUUCAUCAACAAUCUAACUCAUCUCCAAUACAAUAGGUCAAUGGUUGAUAGUGUUUCCUACUAGGAUCCAGAACUCAUGUAUCCAGAAUGGGGUAUUGGCACCUAUUUGACUCUUAUGUUGUUGAUAGUAGUUGUUGGCCUCAAUGUUACGGGAAGCAUUUUGUCCAUAAUGGCAGAAAACAAAAAGAAAGCUUAUUCGGAAGACUUAUAGAUAGAGAUAAAGAAGAAGGCUGCUGAGAAAAUAAAUGAUUCUAAAAUUGAAGAUCCAUCCUUCCAAGCAGAUAUAAUAGAUGAACAGUACAGGAGAUCGGAAUUGAUUUAGAAUGAAAUCAUGGAAAAUUAGGAAUCUGCUUUCAUGAGUGGCAAAGGGCAAUUUGAGGAAAUUAAAUAUGAGAAAUACAAAGAACCAUCAUGGGAACGACUUGCCUUAAGCUUUUCCUUUGUUCACAACUACCAAAAAUUAUUCAAAAUCAAUGAACCCAAAGGUGAGAAUGAAGGUUUUGUAAUUUUUAAUGGAAUAAGAUCCUUAUCAAUAUUUUGGGUUAUCUUUGGUCAUGAUUAACUGAUCAGAGGAUCUAAUUCCUUCAAUCUAAUUGACAUCCCCUACAAGAUCACAGAGCCUGGGUGGGUGACACUAACACCUGCAGCAUACUUUGCAGUUGAUACAUUCUUUUUUGUGGGAGGCUUUUUGGCUACUGUUUUACUGUUGGAGAAGUUGACCAAAUUGAGAACAAUCAAAUUUACAUUGGUGCCAGCAAUGUGGUUACAUAGAUUCUUAAGAAUAUGGCCAACAUAUGCAUUUUGCAUUUUAAUGUAUUGGCAAUUGAGUGUGUAUUGGUCAGAUGGACCAAUCUGGAAUGAAUACAUAGCAUCGACAUCCACUUGCAACGCGUAAUGGUGGAAGAAUCUAUUGUUCAUUGACAAUAUGUUUUCGCAUGCAAACAAUGGAUUAAGUUAUUGUUAUGGAUGGGGCUGGUAUUUGUCUAAUGAUUUUCAAAUAUUUCUAAUCACUCCAAUCUUACUGAUCAUCUAUGCAAAAAAUACAAAAAUCGGAUUAGCAAGUAUUAUUUCGUUGUUAGUCGGAAGCAUCUUCUCAGCCUAUUACAUUGCUUUUUCUCACAAUUACCAUUUGUAAAUAGGGACUCCCAAUUCCAAACCACAACCAGAUUAUCAAGAUGUAUUCUACUAUAAACCUUGGGUCCGAAUCUCUCCUUACCUAAUUGGAAUCCUCUUUGGACUUUUCUAUAGAAAUUACAUUAGCGGUUAAAAUUAAAAGAUUGUUGAUUUGGCUCAGAAGAUCAAGGAUAGUGUGUUUAUCAGAACACUGCUAUAUGUCAUUGGAAUUGGAUUGACUCAGACCAUCAUUUGGAUCAUUAUACCACUCCAAAAGGAUAUGGAUGCUUGGCCUCCAUAAGCCUAAUAUUUCUACCAGGCUUUCAAUAGAGUACUUUUUGUAAUAGGUGUUGGAUUUUGCAUUACUCCUGCUUUGCUAGGUUGCAAGAAUGACCCAUCAAGAUUAAUACUCGGACACCCCUUUUGGUAACCAAUAGCCAGAAUAUCAUUUUGCAUGUACUUGACACAUUUCAUUGUGAUCUUGUUCAUGACUUUCAGUUCAACACAAUUAGUUUAUUAUCAAUACUCUCACAUUCUAUUUUUCACACUUACUGAUAUCGUCUACACAAUUGUAGUCGGAGGUCUCGUAAGUUUAGCCAUUGAAGUGCCUUGCAUGAAUCUUGAGAAGAUCCUAUUUGCUCCCAAGAAACACGAAGCCGUAAAGUUGAACAACAAUUAAUUAGGUGAGUAGAUUGAUUUAUGAACAUUUGUUUUAUGUAUUGGUAUAAUUGGGAUAUCAAUUAAAUCA